ACAGCGCCCUCGGGCCGGGACAGAUCCCUCAGGCCGGGACAGUGCCCUCGAGCCGGGACAGCGCCCUCGGGCCGGGACAGAGCCCUCGGGCUGGGACAGCGCCCUCUCGGGCUGCGCCUUUGGUCGGGACAGCGCAGGCAGCGGAGCCAUGAGCCCGGCAGAAAAUACAAAGGAUCUCCUCGUGAUAUAUGAACAAGAAGCAGAAGAGUGGGCUCUGUAUUUAAAAUCUCUUUUUGGACUCAUAUUGAACAAAGAAGGUAUCUUACUCUACAACCUAGAAAAUUCAUCUUUCAAGCACCAGGAGCUACUCUGUUUACUCUCUUAUAAAUGUAAACUCCUGAUACUGUCAUGUGGACUUCUUAACUGCCUGAAUCAAAAGAGAAGUUAUAUUCUGGAACAAGUUCUAAAACCUCCGGAUAAUGUGGUAAUUCUGCUUUGUGGAGUGGAGAAUUCAGAGAUUCUUUAUGAGAUACUGACCUUAGCUGGAGGCAGCAAAGAGAUUUCUACUGAUCAGAAACCUGAGGAGUAUGUUUCUGUUGUUAAAGAAAUUAUUCAACCAGAUAAACCAUGGGAUGAAAAUCCUGGAGAUUCUGUGUCUUACACCUAUGAAGCAGUUCUUGCAGAUGAUCAGCAGACUACCUCUGAUAAUAACUUGUCAGAUGUCAGGGGAGCAACAGAAGAAACACAUCUCACUUUUAAAACAGAGGUACUUUCUGAAAGACUAGAAAGUAAUGAGCAGUCAGUAUUGGUGCUUCCAAGAAGAAUAUCAUGUGAGAACCCUGGUGAAAUAUUCAUUCUGUUGAAAGAAGAAGUAGGUGAAGAAACUCUUGAAAUUGAAUUCAUAACAGAUAAUCAACAAAUUAGAAUGCAGACAGCUUCUUGGAACAAGAAGGUCAAAUAUGUGAAAGCCCUAGAUUUUCCUGCUGGCCCUGUAUAUGUAAAUGUCUACUGUGGGGGAGUCAUUAAGAAGACAGCACAGAUUGAAUACUAUACUGCACUAGAGGAAAUUGAACCCAUUUUAAAGAAAGUGGCUGACCCAAUAGCUUUCACUUGUCAGGCAUUGAAAUUUUCUUCUGUAGAGAAGGUAGACAAUGUUCUGACUUCAUUACUGAAAAGCAAAAUAUCUCCUUAUGAAUUCAGCCUACUCCAAAGUGAAGAAGAGCGACAUCACCAAGCUGAUAGCCAUUUGGAAGAAUUUCCUACCCUGCUUCAUUGUGCAGCCAGAUUUGGCUUGAAGAGACUUGCAGCAUUUCUACUCAGUUGUCCUGGGGCCACACGGGCUUGCAAAAUAACCAAUAAAUAUGGAGAUGAUCCAGAAAGUAUUGCAAAGAAGCACGGGCACAAGGAAUUGAGAAAAUUAAUCCAAGAAUUGUCAAACUAUGCAGCAAGUGAUUUCACUAAUUGCAAGGAGGAAGUGGAAGACAGCGACCCUUAUGAGCUUAUGUUGGGCUCAGAAGCUCCACCAGCUAUGGCCAAGCAGAACUCAAGAGAUCAAUAUGCAAUUGGAUUGAGAUGCCGACAAGAAGUUGAGGUGGAUGAGGAAAAGAAGGAUGAUCUAAAAGACAGCAGAGAGGAGACAGAAGAUGAAGAAGAGGAGGAUUCAUACAGCCAUCACAACAGUCCUGGCAGUUUGUAUGUCAAUGUAAGGGAUGAGCUCAAAGAGAGCAGGAGAGAUUACUUUUUCUGCAAGAGGCCACCCCCUCCUCCCCCUCGAAAUCUGCCUGGGAUGCAAAGACAGGACAAUCUGCAUCACUCAUCACAAGAGAGAACUUUUGUGAUGGACAGGAGUAAAAGAGAGCAGGGUGAUGGACUCACAACCGCCUGCUGUGGAGAAGACCAGGGUUCCUGUGAGGAGGACAGCGAGGAGGAGCACCCCUACAUUUGUGUGGCACAGGAUGAAUAUGUGUACGACCUCAUCCUGGGGCAGGAGGAGCAGGAGGAGGAGAAAAGGAAGCACUGCAGGUCCUUUAUCAUGAACAGGCCGCCAGCCCCUGCGCCCCGGCCCGUGUGCUCGCUGGUCAGGGAGGAGAACACGCCCUACAUUGUACAAGUGUUUCGGCAAAAGGCCUGUGGAGUGACCAGUGACAACAGCAGGACAUACUGCGAGGCCAGGAAUCCUGAAGCACACAGAGGCCACACUGAGACAGUAACUUACAGCACUGUGGUACACAAGAUCCCUCCUGAACAGGAAGAACUCAUCCACUUGCAGAAACAGGUGAAAAAGGGGGCAAUUUCUGUGGAUGAAGCCCUUGACAGAUUUAAACAGUGGCAGAACAAAAUGCAGAGACUACCAUCCACUCAACAGGAAAAAGUUCAUCACCUGAGAUACACCACGAUCAGAAACAGACAAGAAAAUGAACACCUGAAUGUCUACAACUAGGAGCCCCCCAGACAAGGAACAGAUGCCUAAUUACCCGAGGUAAGAGCAGUGUGACUCUCCAGCCAGCUGCACAUCAGUUUCCUCUGCUUGGCAUCCCACAGAUGUUCCAGCUGUGCCCUGACAGCCUCAGGCUCCAGCCCAUCCUACUGUGACACCACCAUGGAAUCACUGCUGCACUUCCUUGGAUCCUCUUGCCAGGGACAGCUCUGGAAGAAGACCAGUAUCACUAAAGCAGAUUAGCAAGGUUUCUUGUAAAGUCAUCACUGUAUUUUACACCUUUUUCUUUGCUUUUUCUUUUUCCAAGAUGACAGCUGACAAUUUAUAUAAAGAUGUAUUGCAUGCUUUGGUUAAUAAUUUUUGAAGUCAUUUCAGUUUUUCCAUUGUGCUUGAUAAGUUGUUUAAAAGUAGAUUUUAUGCACAAAAGAGAAAGAUUGUAAAAGGCUAUAAAGAUUAUUAAGUGAAAGUAAAUAAAAUUUAGCUUUUGCUUUUUGUUGAAACAUUUUUAUAUUAACUCUGUAUAAAAAUUUGUCUUUCCUAGGAAUAAUUGUAUUUAAUCAUCAGUUUAAAUAAUUGUACUCACAUGAAAGCUAAUUUCUUCAGCCAAACUAUGUAAACCAGUACUAAUUACCUACUAAUGCAUUAAAGUGAUUCCAAGAAUUUGGUUUACAAGGAAAUUGUGUUUUGUUUAGUAAGUUGACUAAGGCAAAUUACAUCCAGAACAAAACCAAAUUACUUUCUAUGC